UGACGCUGCUCUUCUCCCUCCAGACAUGAGGCUCCUGGUAGCUAUGGCGGUGGCGGCGGCGGUGCUGGGGCUCGUUCGACCUCAGUGCUUUUCGGAGCAGGACGAUUUCUCCGUCAAGGUCAACACUGACCUCUCGGGCAUCACCGACUUCGGCUUCGAGCUCUACAGGCAGCUGGCGCCCCCGCAGUCCCCCGAGAACUUCUUCUUCUCGCCCUACAGCAUCUGGACGGCCUUCACCCUCGCCUACUUCGGCACCGGGGGGGAGACAGCGGCGCAGCUCCAGAGGGCCUUGAGGGUCGGCGACAAAGUCGCCACACUCAAGCUCUGGCGAGCACUCGAGGCCAUGUACCGAACGCGCCAGCAAAACACCACCGCUUAUACCUUUAACAUUGCUAACCGCGCCUACAUCGACAAGAGUCUGCCGAUUCGCGACUGCAUUUCCAACCUCCUUCACUCGGAGGUGGAACCGGUUCAGUUCUUUAAAGUUGGCCUCGUUACCCAGGAAAUCAACGAUUUCGUCUCCGUGGCAACCAAAGGCAGGAUUAACAAGAUUGUCUCCGCCGCCGAUUUAAGUGACGCUAUCAUGGUGCUCGUGAACGCCGCCUUCUUCAAGGGCACGUGGCAGUUCCAGUUCAAGCCUACUGACACCUUCCCAGAGCCAUUCUUUGUUACGCCUCAGAACAGCGACCUCGUCCCUAUGAUGCAUCAGACCACUUCUUUCAGAUACAAUGAAUUCUCCGAGAUCGCUGCUAAGGUCUUGGAGCUUCCUUACACCGGAGACGCCAUGUCCAUGUUUGUUUUCCUUCCCUCUGAGGAAGGGCCUCGCGGAUUCGCCAAGAUGGUCGCCCGGCUCAGCGGAAACAACCUGAGGGCGGCCACGCACAAGGGCAACCUCUCCUUCCGAACGGUCGACGUGAAGCUCCCCAAAUUCAAGAUGGAAUUCGAAAUCAGAGACGAACUUAAGCCGGCACUUCACAGCAUGGGCAUAACAGACAUCUUUAACAGUGAAAAGGUGGACUUGACCACCUUUGGUCCCCUGAGGAAUGUUACCCUGGAAAAGGUGAUCCACAAGGCCUUCGUGGAGGUUAACGAAGAAGGCACCGAAGCCGCUGCCGCGACGGCCCUCAUCUUCGCCACCCGGUCCGGGGGCGCGAGGCCGGUGCCGAUCGAGUUCCACUGCAACCGCCCCUUCGUCUUCCUGAUCCGAGACAACGACACGCACACCGUCCUCUUCAUGGGAAGCUACAAGAAACCCGCGAAGGCCAAUUCCUCGGCCCGGCGAGCGGGAUAAGGGAGGAAUUGUAAAAUAUACAUAUAUAUCUAUAUAUAUCAGUACGAUGAUAAGCAUUUAAAGAAAUAUAGUUUUAUAUUUAUAUCA